GAUCCCCUUGCCAAGACACAGCGAAUGUCCAACAGCAGCUCCAUCAGCCACUUCCUCCUGCUGGCACUGGCAGACACGCGGCAGCUGCAGCUCCUGCACUUCUGCCUCUUCCUGGGCAUCUCCCUGGCUGCCCUCCUGGGCAACGGCCUCAUCAUCAGCGCCGUAGCCUGCGGCCACCACCUGCACACCCCCAUGUUCUUCUUCCUGCUCAACCUGGCCCUCACUGACCUGGGCUGCAUCUGCACCACUGUCCCCAAAGCCAUGCACAAUUCCCUCUGGGACACCAGGAACAUCUCCUAUGCAGGAUGUGCUGCACAGGUGUUUUUUUUUCUAUUCUGCGCAACAACGGAGUUAUAUCUCCUGACCAUCAUGUGCUACGACCGCUACGUGUCCAUCUGCAAACCCCUGCACUACGGGACCCUCCUGGGCAGCAGAGCUUGUGCCCACAUGGCAGCAGCUGCCUGGGCCAGUGCCUUUCUCUAUUCACUGCUGCACACAGCCAAUACAUUUUCCUUGCCCCUGUGCCAUGGCAAUGCUCUGGGCCAGUUCUUCUGUGAAAUCCCACACAUCCUCAAGCUCUCCUGCUCCAAAUCCUAUCUCAGGGAACUUGGUCUCCUUGCUGUUAGUGUCUGUUUAGCACUUGGCUGUUUUGUGUUCAUUGUUUUCUCCUAUGUGCAGAUCUUCAGGGCUGUGCUGAGGAUCCCCUCUGAGCAGGGACGGCACAAAGCCUUUUCCACCUGCCUCCCUCAUCUGGCCGUGCUCUCCCUGUUCCUCAGCACGGUAUCUUUUGCCUACCUGAAGCCCCCCUCCAUCUCCUCCCCAUCCCUGGAUCUGUCCCUGUCAGUUCUGUACUCGGUGGUGCCUCCAGCCCUGAACCCCCUCAUCUACAGCCUGAGGAACCAGGAGCUGAAAGCUGCAGUGUGGACACUGAUGACUAAAGGAUUUCAGGAACAUUAAACUGCUGGAUAAUUUCUGCAAAUCUCUUGUAAUAUAAAUAAUGUUUGAUGGUUUCAUUGCUUUAGUUGUGGGUUUGUUCCUUCCCUUGUUUUAGAUUUUUAUAAUAGGCACAAUGAAAUGUCAUUAUUUUUGCCCUUUCACAUUUUUUUCUGUCCACCUUCCCUGUAGCCACAGACUGUGUCAAUAAGGGGUUGCCCUCUUGGUGGCAUUAUACAAAAUAAAGGAUGUCCCAGCAAAAUUUUCUCCAGAGAUUCCCCUUUU